CUGUGAACAACACCUCGCCUUGUGGCCUCCUGCUUGAAUCGUCUCCGCUUCAACACCAUGCUGCUUCGGGCUGUAGUCCUGCUCUUCCUCUGCGUGUCCACGGGCAUGUGUGCCACUUUAGGCCACUACCUGAUUGAGCCAGUGGAGGAGGUGCCUCCUGUGGAGGAGGUGCCUCCUGUGGACUCGGCUGCUGUUGCUGAUGGUGUAGCAGCUGAAGAAGCUGCAGCUCCUGCAGAUACCCAGCUAGGCAAUCCACCUGCAGUUGAGGAACCUGCAGCCACUUCCAUUUUUGAUGAAAAUCUAUUGGCUAAAAUAGUGACAGCGAAUAACCCUUCAGCUGACACACCAAAAGCGGAUGUCCCAGUAGCAGAUGGAGCAACAGCCGAAGAGCCAGAGACAGACAGUGACAGGCCUGCUGGAAACCCCCCUGCUAUGGAAGCUGGUGACGCCGAUCAUCAGGACAACGACAUCAGACCAAUCGAGACCAACCAGUCGCCAGAGGAACCCGUGGCAGACGAAAACGAUAACAGCUGGAGCCUCAACUCAAUUAGAAAUAGUUUCCAGAGUAUCCAUGGAUACUUUGGGUCGCUGGUGGAGCUGGCAGGGGGACAAAACGGUGUGUGUCAGUACCGCUGCAGAUAUGAAGAACCUGCUCGACCUCGUCCCGGCUUCCAGCACCCGGAGCCGAACGGCUGCAGCUCGUCACUGGUGGGAUUCCAGCUUGACCUGGGGAUCCCUGCUAUGACAACGUGCUGUAACCAACAUGACAUGUGCUACGACACUUGCGGCACAAACAAGUACGACUGUGACUCAGAGUUUCGCUUGUGUCUGCAUGGCAUCUGCGCCGACCUUAAGAAGAGUCUGGGCUUCGUGUCGAAGGUUCAAUCCUGUGAGUCAAUGGUAGACGCUCUCCACAGCACAGUGGGGACUCUGGGUUGCAGGCCUUACAUGAACAGCCAGAGGGCAGCAUGUAUCUGCGAGGAUGAAGAGAGGGAUGAACUGUGAGAGGGACACUCUGGACAAACUCCCUGGAUGCUUUUGCAGACUAAUAACUGAGUCACAGGCAUUUCUCCAGUUUAUGCUGUGUAUUUAUAGGCUUUUGCCAAAGAGGAUAUACUUAACAAGAGCCCACUUGAGAUUCAUAGCCAUGGAGGAAAAAAGAAAAAAGAAAAGCAUUGGACAAUGCAGAUAAACAGUUUCUCAAGUUUUAUUCAGAGGCAGUACUGGCAUAUAUCUGAAUAUUACUUUCAUUAUGUUCAUUAACUGUUUAUGCAUGUUGUACUCUUCAUACUCCAUUUCAUUGUUGCCAAUUUUUAGGCCUCUAUGACACCAUUACCAUACAUUUAUUUAAUGACUCCAAAUACAUUGGCUGAUGGGAAGAAUAUUGCAGUUGGUUUAAUUUCCUCUAGAUUGAAUGACAUUACAUUACAUUACAUGUCAUUUAGCAGACGCUUUUAUCCAAAGCGACUUACAAUAAGUAUCAUUUAUUUACUAAGGUACACAUGGUUUGUUGUGUGCAGCUAUUUGUCAAGAUGGUAUGCUCAAAGUCAGUGUCAUGUAGAUGUGAUAGCUAUUACAGCUACGAAUUUGAAUUCAGUUAUUUACCAGUAAUUUGAUGCGUUUUUAUGAAUGAAUACAUGACUAAUUGCAGUUUAACUGACAUGUCUAAUUAUAGAUUGACAGUGAUGAAUCAUUGGCAUCAUUUGCAGGCACGCCCUACCGCUAUCUCUUUCCCGCCACAGUGGGAUGUGUGACGUGAUGCCUCGAUUAAACAGAGGGAAUGAGUGAACAUGCCUUGAUGGGUGUAUUUCUCAAUUCAGUAAUGGUGUGAAAUAUAAACCACUUCCAUGAAUCCACAAAGUCUUUCAACUGAAAUAUAGCCUGAGAAAGGCCUGAAAGUGUGACCUAGAAAAACACCCUUCACACUUUAGUUGUUACAAAUUAACUGCGGUGCAUCAGAAUGAUUUAUAUCAAAAAUGGAAUUUGCUUCAAUGUCAGCACAUUUGGCUGCAAGGCAAAGUGGCAAAGACACAAAGAAUGAAGCAGAAUCCAAGUGAUCUACAUCCCUGUGACUGACACUGGAACGUACAUAGGAGUAAAGACGAGUGUGUAUACUGUACAUAUGCAUGUAUAUGUGUAUGUGAAGGACUUUUAAAUAAUAUGAUACAUAAACUGGAAUGGUCAGUU